GGUCGUAGUAGCUUCUUCGUAGAGUGACUCAAUCUGCAAUAAGAGUAAUCAAAACACCAACGAUCAUGUCAAAGUUACUGUUGUUAGUGGAUUCAACGACGAAGAAAAUCAACGAUUAUGAGAAAUUGAUCGAGUUUGGAAACUCACCAGAUGCAGAGAUCGAUUCCUCUUUACAAGAUAUUCGUAGACAAUUACAAAGUCUAAGUCAAGAACAAACAAGGUUAGAACAGAAUGCUCAAAUUCCUGAAUACAGGCUUCGAGAAUCUGAAGCAUAUUUAAUUCGUAUGCAGCGACGAGUUGAGUCUGCCGAGGAAACACUGCUGAGAAAGCGAAAUGCUGCUUCCCAAGGACCAAGUUUUCAAUCUUCCUACUCAUCCAAGCAGGCUGCCGCUGCUCCAUUGACUUCAGAUGCAACGUCCAACAAAUCAGAUAUUGAAAUGGAAUCCAUCUACCAAUUCGAAGGAAAUGAUCCCAAUCCCAUUGAUGUCAACUUACUGACGCAGAUGCACCAGCAGAUGCUCAACGAGCAAGAAGAGUCAUUAGGUGGAAUCGAGGCUAGUGUUCGAAAGCAAAAGCAAUUGGGCUACUUAAUGAACGAUGAACUCGAAGAACAUAAUCAGUUAAUAGACCAUAUGGAUGACGAUGUAGAUCGGGUAGACAAACGGCUAAACUUGGCUAGAAAUCGCUUGAGAAAAGUGACUCGCAAAGCAAAGCAAUAUCCACGUUGCUGUAUCAUUCUUUUUCUUUCUUUAUUGCUCAUUUUGGUUUGUUUUAUUUAAUGUCUUCAUUACGCCCCGCUCCCUCUUCUACCAUAUGUUUGUUAAUUUUCAUAAGCAAGUUUACGUUCUGUAAUAUUAGAUCCUCAUAAAUCUUUCUCGUUGUUUACUUAUGUCUAAAUGAAUUCUAGUUUUCUGUGCAUUUUGAAUAUAAUCUAACUUUUGAAUUCCGCAUGUCUGUACUUGAAAUACAAAUUGAUUUUCAGCAACUCGAUGGACAUCUCAAAAUCACAUUACAUGUUUCAGAUCCUGAAUUCUAACGAUACUUUCUAUACACAUGAACUGCUGAUUGUACAAACACUAGAUUGAGAUUAAUUUUUUAUGAAUGUAACUCUCACCAAAGUAAUUUGUUGUCAAAAAAUAUGAACCGAAAC